AUGUCCUGGCAAGCCUAUGUUGACACGAGCCUUGUUGGCACCGGCCACCUCGACAAGGGCGCCAUCAUCAGCGCCGCUGGUGACAGCACCUGGGCUGCGACUUCCGGCUUCACGCUGAGCCCCGAGGAGAUGAAGUUCAUCGCCGCCGUCGUCGCCGAGAACGGCUCGGGCCCCAACGUCAACAAGGUUUUCGCCGAGGGUAUCCACGUUGGCGGUCAGCGCUACGUUGCCUUCAACAUUGAGGGCCGUCACAUCUACGGUCGUCAGGGCAAGACUGGUGUCAUCAUCGUCAAGACGACACAGGCCAUCCUCGUCGCCCACUACGGCGAGAACAACACUGCCGGCAACUCGACACAGACCGUUGAGGCGCUCGCCGACUACCUCAUCAAGUCCGGAUACUAA